UUUGCUUUUGCUUUUGCUUUUGCUUUUGCUUUUGCUUUUGCUUUUGUUGCUUGUUCUGUUCGGGAUGCUCACGCUCACGCUCACGCUCACGCUCACGCUCACGCUCACCGUCUCGCUGGUCUCCUUCUCCCUUGCUGAAGAUGUCCUGAGUCCUGACUCCUGACUCCUGACUCGGCGCAUUCAACAGGGAUGUUCGUGGCCCGGAGCAUAAAAAUGCCGAUGGCCUGCCACCCCUGGGCCGAUCCCUUGGGUGCCCCAGCCUGCCCCUGCCCUGCACAUCCCCUGUAACUGCUCUUCUGGGCUUUCUCGCUCACAGCCAGACUAGUGGUAGUGGACUGCCAGUCCUUUGUUGACGACGUGUUGGCACCCCCAGAGCAAACUCCGAUACAGUACAACCCAAUUUGACCAAAGCGGACAAGGCCAGCUCGAUUGAUUGAUUAUUAUCAGAGGACAUAUUCCGACAUCACACUGCUCCACUCCUCUCGUCUCGUGUCAUCAACUCAACUCAACUCAACUCAACUCAAUUGAAUUCCAAACACUUCUUGUUCCGGUGUCACUCAUGCUGCCAUGCCAGGCCACUGUCAGAACAUCUAUACAUUUAGCUUCGUCCGAUCCUACUGUACUGUAUUGUCCAGCACUGUAUCCGACUAUUCCUCAGAGCUUCCCGGACUAUCCAUCUGAUUUGGGGCUUUCUGUGUUUACGUUGUCUCCUCUGCCGACCCAAUUCAUCCCCGGUCCUCGUCCUCUACAGUACUGUACAGUACCUCGAGAGUGGUGGUACCUUAUCAUCACUGCGAUAAAGAAAUCGAUACUGUAGGGUAGCGAGGGUAGUCAGUCCUUCCUUCCGGCAGCCGAUCCGCUCCACAAUAAAGUUUCAUCGCUCUCCUCCGUACUACUGUACUACACCAGACUGUACUGUACGUUACGUGUGCGCCCGCAUCGUCCCAUCCCGGCCCCGUGACUAAGCACCGCAACCCUUGCACCAGUUGCACCAGUUGGAUCCAUCCUAAACAGCGCUGCAUUCGCAUCAGGGUUUCACUUGCAGUCGAUACUACGCAACGGAACCUUCAUCCACUUCCACCACAAUAAUACACUUCACCACCCCUCUUCCCCUGCGUCUCUUCUCACGAUAUGUAAGGUACCAAGGACGACACUGCGAGCAGCUUCACUCUUUUUCCUUUCUCUCGUUCAUCCUCCAGUAAUGGCAACGUCGACCGUUGCGAGGGCCAUGGCCGCUCUCUUAUCGCUCUCUCUUCUCGCAGGUUCCGGGAUGCUUGCUUCCGCUCAAUCCGUGCAACCGUCGAACGACACACUGCCCACCACGGAGAGCAAGGCUGUGACGAGUCUGAGGCUCACAGGAGGACCGGUCUUCGACACGAGGACAUAUUAUAUUGCUCCAUUGACAGAGGAGAUGGGCAAGGGACAGAAUCAAGUCCGCGUAGGAGCAAUAGCAAUCUCUGGUCCUCUCAAAAUUGCAGACUAUACGACAGCUGCAAAUAUCACAAGCUCCGAAAUUGCACUGAUUAGUUGCGAUCCCAAUGGCUCGAAUAUCGAUGCAUCCGAUGUGGUCCAGACGGCAUGCGACCAGAAACCACAGGCAAUUGUGCUAUAUAGUUUGGAAACUCAGGCAUGCAAUCUCACUGGAUCGUUUGGCUAUACUUCGCUCUUCUCGACGAUAUCAGCAUCGAAAUCAAGAGAGCUUUUGGGUAUUGCCGGCAUCGAUUACAAGGACUCGAACAGUCUUGUUGCAAAUAUUGGUGUCAACAAUGGGUCAACGACAUUAGAGAAUACCCCACCUCAACAGACACCCGAUCCGGGUGCUCCGGGAGGUCCGGCCCCCACGACUGCGGUAGCCAUGAGCAUUCUAUACAGCAUAACGGGUAUCAUUACCCUCCUGUUUCUUGUCAUCAUUGCUACUGGUGCUAUUCGAGCUCACCGACAUCCGGAAAGAUACGGACCACGGAAUGGAUUUGCAGGGAGACCACGACAAAGCCGUGCUAAGGGUCUUGCCAGGGCUAUGUUGGAAACGCUUCCGAUUGUGAAGUUUGGUGACCCAGAGCCAGUGAAGAACCCGAACGGAGACGUGGAGCUGGAAGAUGGAACUGCCAACAGUCAGAAUUCCGGUACUGUCACAGGCACUAAUGCAGCUACUGUGGUUCCAGCAGAGAGUAACAAGGAUGAGACGAAGGCAAGAUCAGUCGCCACUGCUACGGCUCCGGUAGAAUCUGGGAUUGGUGCAGCACAAGCUGAAUCGGUCAAAAGUGGAGAGGCUGGUGUACCAAAGGAAGGUGAAUUGGGAUGUUCGAUAUGUACAGAAGACUUUACCACGGGCGAAGACGUUCGAGUUUUACCUUGCGAUCACAGGUAUCAUCCCGCUUGCAUCGAUCCUUGGCUCUUGAACGUAUCUGGAACCUGUCCACUGUGUCGUCACGACCUCCGUCCCGUCACUUCCAUUACCUCUAAUACCGAUGGAGAGCUCCCUCCACCACUAUCAGCCAACGAAGGGGGCGACAGAGUCUCAAGUGAGGGAAGUGCUCAUCAACGUAGACGAGUAUCUCGAUUCCUUGAUCUCAAUCGACUCCGACACGCACCACCUGAGGAGCGGAUUGCAGCACUCCGUCAACUCAGGGAAGCCCAACGAGCAGGUCAGGAGCCAGUUAAUAGCGAAGAUAUUGCUGAAGAGCCAAGCCGUAGAGCGAGGUUGACCAACCGACUCAGGGAUACGUUCCGCAUCAAGACUCGGGCUCAGAACGACACGCCUUCAUGAAGAGAACAUAGCCGCUCAGGCUGAAGAUACGAAAGAGGAUCACUGCGCUGUGAUAUCUCUUGAACAUGCCACGAAUACAUUUACGACUUCGCACGAGAGCAGCACAUUUUGAAAUCAGCAUGCAUACAACCCUCUUCUCAAGUUUGAGGACUAUAACUAGGUUAGGUUUGGCCGGGUAUGGGAUAUGGAGUUCGGCAGUAAAGCAUAGACGGCGUUUUUUCGGCGUACAAUCCAGGAGUAAUGGUGUGGAAACGGAGAGGUUGGUCUCGUUAGCACGCCUGCAUCUAUCGGAGAACUGCAUAUCAUAUGGUCUUUUCACAAAGUGAAAGGAGAUUACGAGUCUGGGUGCUAUAAGGCAUGGCACACUGGAACUUGGUCUAAUGCUUUAUUGUAAUAUAUUGCCAAGAGACAGAGGAGUGGAAUGAAAAGAAACAAUCUAUGA